CGAUUUUUUUAUAUUUUAAUUAUUUUCUUUUUAGAUUAAAUUGAAUAUUUAUGGGAUUCAUUCAGUCAAGACUGUGAGCAAAAACAAGUGGGACUGCCCCAAAAAAACAAAGGGGGAAAAAGAAAAAGGAAGUGAGGAGCCCUUUGGUGGAGAUGCCCUUUCUCUCUCCUCUCAUUUUCUCACUCUAAUUGCCAUCUCAUCUGGGUAGCCUUUCAAUCCUCAUUUCUUCAGGUUUUUGUGAUCUGGGUCUGAAUUAUUUUCCUCAUUUCCUGCUGUUUUGCGGUAAAAAUUGGAUCUUUUUGUGUUUUCUGGAUCUCUGUCUGCUUCUGUGGACGUUGUUGCUUACACACUUCAUUAUCUCUCUCAAUCUUUUUUUUUCUGAGGCUUGAAUGGGAAGAAAGAGGUAAUUGAUUUUUUUUUUCUGGGGAGAGAGUCUUGAAUAUGAAUGGUGUAUGAUGUGUUGAGUGAUGAUGGUGAUGAGUCUUUUGACCGGUGAAAGAGAAAAUCACAAAAAGUGAAAAAGAAAGAGAGAGAGAGUGGGAGUAGAGAGAGAAGGAGGAGAUACAAAAGAUGCGCCCUUUGAAAGGUGCAUUAUUGCUUGUGAAUGUCAAUGAAAGUGAGAUACUUUAAGGAAAAUUUCCCCCAAUUUCUUGUUUAUCCCUUUUCUCACACACACACACACACUUGAUGUGUACAAGUAGUUUCUUUUUUCACUUGGUGUAAUGUGCUUCCUUCAAAGGCCUAAUUGUGGAGAUUCCUUGCUGUUUCAUUUAUUAAUUGAGGGAAAGAUUUGAUUUUGCUAGAAAUUGGAAUAGGGUUUUGCCAAAAUGCCUAUGUUUCAGCCUUCUAGGAGAGAUGGUGGUAUUCUUGGCCUUGAUGGUGGCGGUGAUGGGCGUAUUCUUGAUGUGGAAUCCGCUGUUAAGGAUGGGGUUUUGGGGGGUGUGGCGGUGUACGGCGGUGUUGGUGGCGGUGGGGAGAAGUUGGAUCUGAAAAAGAUGAUUGAAGAGCUGAAUUUGUGUGAGGUUCCCUCAGUUUUCAUUUGCCCCAUUUCCCUUGAACCAAUGCAAGAUCCUGUGACACUCUGCACUGGCCAAACCUAUGAGAGGUCCAACAUCUUGAAAUGGUUUAGUAUGGGGCACUACACUUGCCCCACCACAAUGCAGGAGCUUUGGGACGACACGGUCACCCCAAACACGACGUUGCAUCACUUGACAUACACGUGGUUCUCGCAGAAGUAUGUGCAGAUGAAGAAGAGGUCCGAGGACGCUGAGGGCAGGGCGUCCGAGCUCCUAGCUAAUCUCAAGAGGGUUAAAGGCCAGGCGCGGAUCCAGACCCUCAAGGAGCUGCAGAGAGUCGUGGCGAAUCACUCCACUGCUAGGAAGACCGUGGUGGAUGAGGGCGGUGUGGCCCUUGUCUCGUCCCUGCUCGGUCCUUUCACUUCCUACGCUGUAGGGUGUGAGGUCGUGGCGAUUCUUGUCAACCUUAGCCUCACUUCCGAGGCGAAGACGAGCUUGAUGCAGCCUGCGAAGGUCUCGUCAGUUGUGGAUGUUUUGAAUGAGGGCUCGAUCGAGACUAAGAUCAAUUGUGUAAGGUUGAUUGAGAUGCUGAUGGAGGAGAAGGAUUUCAGAACGGAGCUCGUCUCGAGCCAUAGCUUGUUGGUCGCGCUGAUGAGGCUAGUGAGGAAUAAGAAGCACCCGAACGGCCAUUUGCCCGGCCUCACCCUUUUAAAGUCGAUUUCCACGCUCAAAGAGGUCCGGAGUUUGAUUGUGAGCAUCGGAACCAUACCUCAGUUGUUAGAGCUGAUCCCGGUUUUGAAUCCAGAGUGUGUCGAGCUAGCCCUCUUCGUGUUGGAAGUCCUCUCGUCCGUGCCACAAGGGCAGCAAGCGUUGAUGGAUUGUUCGAGCACGAUCCCAACCAUGGUGAAGCUGCUCAUGAGGAUCACAGAAUGCUGCACGGAUUACGCCCUGUCGAUAUUGUGCUCGGUCUGCAACCUCUCGCCUCAAGAAUGCUCGCUGAGAGCUGUGGACGCGGGCCUUGCAGCAAAGCUCCUCCUCGUCAUCCAGAGUGGCUGCAGUCCGGCCCUCAAGCAGCGCGCUGCCGAGCUUCUGAAGCUAUGCAGCCUCAACUAUUCGGACACGAUGUUCAUCUCCAAGUGCAAACUGACAAGAACGAUCCAAUGAUAAAUAUAUGGCGUGGACGAGGAGGAGGAGACGGUGGCCAAGUGGUUUACGAAUAAUGUCAUUUGUAAAGAUAGAAAAAUAUAUGGCGAGGAAGCUUGUAGCCACUGAUGUUGAAAAUGGUGUUGUUGGUGGAGCUUGCAGCAGAUUGCAACUGUAAUUUCUUAGCCAUUUGCUUUUGCUCCAUUAAAUCUUUUGCAAUUCUCUCUCAUGAUUCAAGAUCCUCCAAAAUUUUCACAUUCAACUUGUAGAAGUUUUGGUUUUUUUUUAAGUAUUAUUACAGGUUUUAGAAUGCAGCAAAGGUAUGAUUUCCAUGUGUACAAUCAAAAUCACAAUUCUUCACUUUAUUAAUGGCCAUUUCCAUUUUUUCCCUUUA